AUGGAGGAAGAAAAUGAGACAUUGACAACAGAUUUUACUCUCUUAGGACUCUUCCCCAAUAUGAAGUAUGUCAGUAUCCUUAUCUACAUCAUCAUCUUGAUUUACCUUGCCGCAGUAAUUGGGAACUUCAUCUUGCUUCUUCUGAUAUGGAUGGACUUGAGGCUCCACACUCCAAUGUACUUUCUGCUCAGCCAGCUUUCUCUCAUAGACCUGGCCCUCAUCAGCAGCACUGUCCCAAAGAUGAUGGUAAACUUUUUCUCUGGAAGGAAGGAUAUCACAAUUGUUGCCUGUGGAACCCAGAUGUUUUUCUUUUUCACUCUUGGGGGUGCUGAAUGUAUCCUCUUGACCCUCAUGGCCUAUGAUCAAUAUGUAGCUGUCUGUAACCCCUUGAGAUAUGCAGUCAUCAUAAACCACGAGGUCUGUCUGCAAAUGGUCAUAGUGUCUUGGACUGGGGGCAUUUUAGUUUCCACAGUCCAUACAUCCUAUACCAUGAAUCUGCCUAUCUGUAGCUCCAGAGAAAUCCAUCAUUUCUUCUGUGAGAUGCCAGCAAUCAUGAAGAUCUCAUGCAAAGACACUUCCACCUAUGAGGUGGUGGUCUUUGUGAUGGGCAUUGCAUUUAUCAUUAUCCCUUUUGGAUUCAUUAUGUCUUCCUAUACCUUCAUCUUCCUCACUGUCCUUCAUAUGAAAUCUCCCCAAGGCAGGAACAAAGCCUUGGCCACCUGCUCCUCCCAUCUUACAGUGGUAAGUUUUUAUCUAGGACCAUGCGUUUAUAUGUACAUGACACCUGGUUCCUCCCAUUCCCCUGAUCAAGAGCAGGCUGUGUCUGUAUUUUGCACUGUCCUCACACCCAUGCUCAAUCCACUCAUCUACAGCCUGAGAAAUAAAGAUGUGGUGGGGGCUUUUCAGAAAGUCCUGAGGAAACAUCUAGCCUCUAAAUGGAAAACAUAAAUGUCAAGGUGGAGAAUAAUCAUCUAGAAGAUCAAGAACAAAGACUCUAGU